AUGAAACGUAAGAGAGCUUGUCUCCAAACUCCGAGAGAUUUAUAUUUAGAUGACGAUUGCUGGGAACGUAUUUUCAAAUUCAUCUUCGAUGACGAUGACAACGACAACAACGCUUCCUAUUUCAAAUCUCUUUCUCUAGUCAACAAGCAUUUUCUCUCCAUUACCAACCGUCUACGCUUCUCUCUCACUCUAUGGAAUCCAACAUGCCGUUUACUCUCUCGCCUCUUUCCAAGGUUCCUCAAUCUCAUCUCCCUCGAUCUCUCUUGUUACCAUGGUGCCAUCAACAACCUUCUCGUUCGAAUCUCUUGUUACCCCUUGAAACUCACUUCGCUCAAUCUGUCCAACCAACCCAAUAUUCCAGCACGCGGUUUGACAUCUUUCUCACAAACUAUUACAACUCUAACCUCUCUCACCUGUUCCAACAUUGCUUCUCUCUCUGUUGCCGAUUUUCUUCUCAUCUCUAAUUGCUUUCCUCUCCUUCAAGAGCUUGACCUCAGUGUUACUAAGCGUAUCAAGGUUAGGCUAAAUGCUUCUAUGUCAAUGCUGUUUCCUAAGCUGCGCAAACUUAAUCUCUAUGGUCAUAUCAAUAAAUAUAUGGACGACGCAUGGCUUUUACACUUUUGUAAGACUUCUCAGUUUCUUCAAGAACUUGUCUUGGUGCGCUGUGGAUUCUUUACUUAUCAAGGCAUUGCUUCUGCCAUCCGUGAGAGACCAACUUUGAAGUCUCUAUCAAUUACUUGUAGGUCAAAGCAUGGCAACAUUACUUCACACUUUAUUCACACCAUUCUCAGUUUGAAGGACUUAACUUGUCUUGAUUUGACAUUUUCGCGUAUCUCCGAUGACUUGCUUUCCUCUAUUGCAACCAGAGGUCUUCCUUUGAAAAAGCUUGUCCUCCAUAAUUGUGACGGAUAUAGUUAUGCUGGAAUUUUUUGUUUGUUAUCCAAGUCUCCAUGUAUACAACAUUUGAAUCUUCAAGGGUCUUCUUUUUUGAAUGAUCAACAUGUUAUGAACUUGUCUUUUUUUUUGGGUGAUUUAAUGUCUAUAGACCUUAGUCAAUGUAGCAUGCUCUCAGAGUCAUCUUUGCUUUCGCUCAUUUCUAAUUGUCUUUCACUUAGUGAGAUCAAAAUGAAUCACACAAGGAUUGGGAAUUCAUUCGAGGAUUUCGUUAUAAGCCCUCAAUUAAAGUCUCUCAAUUUGGCCCAUAGUUUCCAGCUAAGAGAUGAAAGCAUCAAAAUGUUUGCUUUCAUUUUCCCCAAUUUGGAGCUGCUUGAUUUGAGCUGUUGUCGUAACAUAUAUGGAGAAGGUAUUUGUCAAGUUUUAAGGAAAUGUUGUAAGAUUAAACGCUUGAACUUAGUUGGUUGUUUACAACUGAAGCUGCAUGGAAUAAACUUCCCAGUUCCUAAAUUGAAAGUGUUGAACUUGUCAUAUACAAGUGUUGACGAUGAGACGCUUUAUGUGAUCGCAAAGUGUUGUUCUGGACUGUUGCAAUUGUUACUAGAAGGUUGUGAUUAUGUGACAAAGAAAGGAAUUGUGCAUGUGCUAAAAAAUUGCACGCAACUCAAAGAGAUCAAUUUGGAAAACCGUAAACGUAAGAUUUAUGGGGGAUUCUUGGAAUAUACAGACAUUGAGAAAUUUUGGAUACAUGGUAAUAAAAUUUCCUUGAUUUAA